UCUCAAAAUUUCAAAGUAGACAUUUUGAAUUAACGACUUAUUGAAAAUACAAGGCAACUGUGUGUGCUUACGUUGUUUGUAUUUAUAAAAAUAAGUAUUACUAUAUCGAUAUAAUGCAAGAGCUAGAUAGUCCGUCUUUGUUUUUAGUGGAGGAACGUGUCAAAACAUUUAAAGCAUGGCCAUUCAGUGAUAACUUUAAAUGUAACGUCCGUAAUAUGGCUGAAGCAGGCUUUUAUUCAGUAGCGACGGGAGAUGAUGAUGCAGACGCCGCCAAGUGUUUUCUAUGCGGUAAAGAACUUGAUGGUUGGGAGCCAAAUGAUGAUCCUUGGGCAGAACAUAAGAGCCAUGCAGCAAAAUGUGCUUUUGUACAACUUGGCAAGAAAGAAGAUGAUUUAUUGCUUGCAGAGUAUUUAUCAAUAAUCAAACAAUAUAUGAUAAAUGAAAUUAAAAGACUGGCAGAAGUAGCGAAAGAACAAAUAGAUGAUAAAGCUAAGGAUGUGCGACGCAGAUGUUUGGGAAGAAGAUGAAGUCUACAAGAAAUUAAAUUAUAUAAACGUGUUAAUUAUGUGUACAUGACAUUAGAUUAUCUGAUGAAAAUAUAUGUAAAUUGCAUGACUGAAGGUUAAAGUAGUAUGCCACCCGAGAAAAAUUAUUGAAAGCUUAAUAACAUCUUUACUUAGGCAUAAAAUACCCAAUUUUUUUAAUGCAAAUUUGCCACAAUAAGGGUAACCUUCAAAAUAUUUUAUAGUCUUAUGUUAAUCAGUAACACCCCACAUUUCUUCAAUCUUUUCUCUGUAUACUUACCUUCACGAUGUAUCUGACUAUCGAUCGGUCAAUUUCUAGAAUAUGUCAUAAAUAUAGUUGAUAUAUUUUUGGAAAACAAAAUUGAACAGAAUUUUCUGGAAAUAUAAAAUCUUGAUAUGCAAAAUUUUUUUGUCCGUUUUUAUAUUAUGAACUAGCGGUCUGCUCUCUUGUCUACUUGGGAAUUGGAGUUAUAAUUUGUUUGUUUUAUUAAAAUAUGAAUUAAA